AACAUCUCUGAGGAAAGUUUUCUAAAAGAGUGUCAACGAAGUGCCGCUUUCCUGUGGCAAGAACACAAUUCUGUGGUGCUUUUCACACCCUGGCGCUUACUUUACCUGCCCAACCCUGUGAGCCCUCGCUCAGGCUGAUGAGCCAGGCUUUCCGACCCUCGUGUACCGAAGGGGAAUCAGAGGUGUGGAGCGGUAAUUACCUUGCUCCGGGACACACGGACACAGCUCGCCCGGGAGGAACCCGAGGCUCGCCGGCCGGCUUCCACCGCUGACCGCGCAGCUGCCUUCCCUCCGCCGACGGUCCCAGCCACCGCCACUGCCCGGGCCCCGCCCGCCUCACGUCCCGGCGCGCCCCGGCGCUGGAGCACCCACCCCCGGGCCGGCGGCGGGGUAGGCGCCGGCACCGGGACGCCGGGAGCUCACUCGGCCGGCGCGGCACGUGCGCCCCACAGCACCCCGGCCCCCGGCUCCGCGCCGCCCCGCAGCGGAGCCGCGGGCAGGCGACGCGCGCGGAAACAUACAGAGGUGUAUUCCAGAAUUGACUGUUCAUGGCACAUACAGUUAGCGGGUGCUCACUGGCACUUAUUUUUAUCAUCAUGUUGCUGCUAGUUAAGGCAAAAAUAGAUGUGUGCAAGAGAGGGGAUGUGACUGUGCAGCCUUCCCAUGUCAUUUCAUUAGGAUCAGCUGUCAACAUUUCCUGCUCUUUGAAGCCCAAACAAGGCUGCUUGCCAUCCUCCAGUUUUAACAAGUUAAUCCUCUACAAGUUCGACAGAAGAAUUUAUGUUCAGCAUGGUCACUCCCUCAGUUCUCAAGUCAAAGGUCUUCCCCUGGGCACAGCCCUGUUUGUCUGCAAGCUGGCCUGCAGCAGCAGUGACGAGAUUCGAAUAUGUGGGGCAGAGAUCUCCGUCGGUGUUGUUCCAGAACAGCCUCGAAACUUAUCUUGCAUACAGAAGGGAGAACGUGGAACUGUGACCUGCACCUGGCACAGAGGGCGAGACACCCACCUGUACACUGCAUACACUUUACAGUUAAAUGGACCAAAAAAUUUAACUUGGCAAAAGCAAUGUAAUGAUCACUAUUGUGAUCAUUUGGACCUUGGAAUCAACCUAACCCCUGAAUCACUUGAAUCUAGUUACACAGUCAAGGUUACUGCUAUCAAUAGUCUUGGGAGUGCUUCUUCAUUUCCAUUCUCAUUCACAUUGUUGGACAUAGUGAGGCCUCUUCCUCCGUGGGACAUCAGAAUCAAAUUUGUAAAUGCUUCCGUGAACAGGUGUACCCUUCUGUGGAGAGAUGAGGGACUUGUGCUGCUCAAUCGACUCAGAUAUCGGCCCAUUAACAGCAGAUCCUGGAAUAUGGUUAAUGUCACAAAUGCCAAAGGAAGACAUGACUUGCUGGAUCUGAAACCCUUUACAGAAUAUGAAUUUCAGAUUUCCUCUAAGCUACAUCUUUAUAAAGGUAGUUGGAGUGAUUGGAGUGAAUCUUUGCGAACACAAACACCAGAAGAAGAGCCUAUUGGGAUGUUAGAUGUCUGGUACAUGAGACAGCACAUUGACUACAAUAGACAACAGAUUUCUCUUUUCUGGAAGAAUCUGAGUCUAUCGGAAGCAAGAGGGAAAAUCCUCCACUAUCAAGUGACCUUGCAGAAGGUGGCAGGAGGGGAAAUCACACUACAGAACAUCACAGAACACACCUCCUGGACCUGGGUAAUUCCCAGAACUGGGAACUGGGCUGUGGCUGUGUCUGCAGCUAACUCGAAAGGCAGUUCCCUGCCCACUCGCAUUAAUAUAACGGAUCUGUGUGGGGCAGAGUUGCUGGCUCCUCAACAGGUCUUUGCAAAGUCAGAGGGCAUGGACAAGCUCAUGGUGACGUGGACACCUCCAGAGAAAGCUACCACUGCUGUGCAGGAAUACGUGGUGGAGUGGAGGGAGCUCCACCCGGGGGCUGGUAUGCAGCCCCCUCUUGGCUGGUUGUGGAGUCCCCCCUACAGACUGUCUGCUCUGAUUUCAGAAAACAUAAAACCCUACAUCUGUUAUGAAAUCCGCGUGCACGCACUUGCAGGGGACCAGGGAGGGUGCAACUCCACCCGGGGUAACUCCCAGCACAAAGCACCACUGAGUGGCCCCCACAUUAAUGCCAUCUCAGAGGAAAAGGGGAGCGUUUUAAUUUCAUGGGAUGAAAUUCCAGCCCGGGAGCAAAUGGGCUGCAUCCUCCACUACAGGAUAUAUUGGAAGGAACGGGACUCCAACUCCCAGCCUCAGCUUUGUGAAAUUCCCUAUAGGAUCUCCCCAAAUUCACAUCCCAUAGACAGCCUGCAGCCCAGAGUGACAUAUGUUCUGUGGAUGACAGCCCUGACAGCUGCUGGUGAAAGCCCCCAAGGAAAUGAAAGAGAAUUUUGUCUGCAAGGUAAAGCCAAUUGGAGCACAUUUGUGGCACCAAGUAUCUGCAUGGCUGUCAUCAUGGUAGGCGUUCUCUCAAUGCGUUGCUUCCGACAAAAGGUAUUUGUUCUCCUUUUGGCCCUCAGACCUCAGUGGUGUAGCAAAGAAAUUCCAGAUCCAGCAAAUAGCACUUGGGCCAAGAAAUAUCCUAUUGUGGAGGAAAAGACACAGCUGGCCUUGGAUAGGCUCCUGACAGACUGGCCCACUCCUGAAGAACCUGAGCCGCUGGUUAUCAACGAAGUCCUUUGUCGAGUGACACCAGUCUUCAGACCUCCCCAUCACCCCAGCUGGUCAGAAAAGGGACAAGGAGUCCAAGGUCACUAUACCUCUGAGGAAGACACAGGGUACAGUGCCUCAAGCCCACCACCUCCAAGGGCUCUCACAGCAGAGACAGGACAAGGGGUGGAUCUAUACAAGGUUCUAGGAAGCAAGGGCCCUGACUCAAAGCCGGGAAACCCAGCCAGCCCCUUGACCAUCCUCCCAGUGGACUACCUUCCUACCCAUGAUGGCUACUUACCCUCCAACAUGGAUUAUCUCCCUUCACAUGAGGCUCCCAUAACUGAUCCUCUGGAAGAACUGCCUCAGCACAUCUCUCUUUCCAUUUUCCCCUCAAGUUCCCUUCGCCCACUCACCUUCUCCUGUGGUGAGAAGUUGACUCUGGACCAGUUAAAGAUGGGGUGUGGCUCCCUCAUGCUCUGAGUGGCAAAACUUGAAGUUUGGAAAGCUGAUGUACCUCCAACCGGCAAGGCAUGUCCUGUCUACCCAGCCACCUGCUCCAGUGGUCAUUACCUGUGGGUGCUCCCAUCAGAUCUGGGUGCAGCUAGAGGGCAGGUAAGCCAGCUCACGGUGAAUCUCAGGAACUGAGAGUUGGCUGUAAUCAAAUCCAGAUACCUCAUCUUGCCUUCUGCAGAGCCUUAAGAUUACAUCCUCUGCUGUGUGGACCUAGAUAUUCCAAUCUGGGUUCUUGCAACUUUCUUGUCUAUGUUGUCCAGAAAGGAGAAAGGCAAGAGUAGAAACCAAAACUCUUACUAGCAAUGGCAAACAGUGCAGAGGACCAUUCAUUCAACAACCAUUUAUAGUUGACCUUGAAUAAUAUGUGUUUGAACUGUAUGGGUCCACCUAUAUGCAUAUUUUUAAAAAUAAUAAAUUCUACAGUACUACAUGAUCCAUUGUUGGAUGCUGAGCCACAGAUCAGAUCAGUCGCUCAGUCGUGUCUGACUCCUCAAAACCCCAUGAAUCGCAGCACACCAGGCCUCCCUGUCCAUCACCAACUCCCAGAGUUCAUUGAGACUCAUGUCAAUCGAGUCA